UCCCUAAAGUUCCUUCACCACUGAUUCUCAAUUUAUUUAUUCUCCCAGAUUUCUCUCCCUUUCCUCUCUCUGUCUCUUUCUUCUUCCCUGAUCCGUACUCAAAUCGAGCUCAGUCCCUUUCUCUGAAUCCUCCAUUGUUGAUUCUUCAAAUUUCUUUUUCUUCUUCUUCAAUUUCUUUCAAUGGGCAAAGGCGGUUCUCUCAGUGACAAUGUUCUGAAGAAGAUCAUUCUCUCUUACACCUAUGUCGCCAUUUGGAUCUUCCUCAGCUUCACCGUCAUCGUCUACAACAAGUUCAUCCUCGACAAGAAGAUGUACGAUUGGCCAUUUCCGAUUUCCCUCACCAUGAUCCAUAUGGGUUUUUGUGCUUCUCUCGCUUUUCUUCUCAUUCGCGUCUUCAAGCUCGUCGAACCAGUUUCAAUGUCCAGAGAUCUCUAUCUUUCCUCUGUCGUCCCAAUCGGAGCUCUCUAUUCUCUCUCAUUAUGGCUUUCUAAUUCCGCUUACAUUUACCUCUCUGUCUCCUUCAUUCAGAUGCUCAAGGCUUUGAUGCCGGUCGCUGUUUAUUCGAUCGGUGUUCUCUUGAAGAAAGAAGGUUUCAAGACCGAAACAAUGGUGAAUAUGCUUUCGAUUUCGUUUGGUGUUGCGAUCGCUGCUUAUGGUGAAGCGAAAUUUGACGCCUGGGGUGUGGCUUUGCAACUCGGUGCCGUUGCAUUCGAGGCAACUCGGCUUGUUCUGAUCCAGAUUUUGCUUACAUCUAAAGGAAUUUCAUUGAAUCCAAUCACUUCUUUGUAUUACGUUGCGCCUUGUUGUUUUGUUUUCUUGUUAGUGCCGUGGAUCUUCGUCGAGUUCCCAAUUUUGAAGGCUACAUCCAGUUUCAAUUUCGAUUAUGUGAUUUUCGGUACUAAUUCCUUCUGCGCAUUUGCCCUAAAUCUUGCUGUGUUCUUACUCGUCGGAAAAACCUCUGCCCUAACGAUGAAUGUCGCCGGCGUGGUAAAGGAUUGGCUUUUAAUCGCCUUCUCGUGGUCGGUGAUUAAGGACACUGUGACUCCAGUCAACUUGUUUGGCUAUGGUCUGGCUUUCAUUGGAGUUGCGUAUUACAAUCACUCGAAAUUGCAGGCGCUGAAGGCGAAAGAAGCUCAAAAGAAGGCUGCUCAGGCCGAUGAAGAGACCGGAAAAUUGCUGGAGGAAAGGGAGAUCGACGGAUUGGGGAAGAAGAACGAAUCUGAUGAUUGAAUUCAAAUCUGAAACAGACACAGAACUUAGCAAUAAAUCAGGAAGAAGAAGAAGAAGAACAACAACAACAAGAACAACAAAGAGAAGGAUCAAUAUGGAGAAUUGGGGCAGCUGAGGAAUUUGGGAUCUCUUCUUCAUCAACUCAAAUUCAGGUUGUUUUCUGAAUUUCAUCAUCCUCCAUUACUGUUACUUCUGAUUGUUAGUAAUAUUAUUAGGUGUUUGGGAUUUGCUUCUGUUGAUUGAUUACAAUGGCUGCAGCCAUUGAUGAAUCUGAUGUGUUUGUAGAAUUAGAGAAUCUCAAAUGCCAUUUUUUUCUUUCUUCACAGCAUCAUCAUCCUCUUCCCUUUUUUUCCAAGUUCAAUUUCUUUAGAAACUUUUUUUGAUUCAAUGAAGGGUUCAGUUCAGUGCUUAUUUAUUCA